AAGAAUUCUCGUCAAUGCCUCCAGCUGGCAUACAACCAUGUCCAGUAUUACUCCCUGGCUAUCAGACCCCCGCUUGCACGACUACCUUGCCAUCGUGAAAGGUGCACGCAAUGGUUUCGUGUACGGAGUCAAAGUCAGAUUUCCUCAUGCGUUGAUCAUGGCCAUUCUUUUUGGUCGAGGAGACUGGAAAUCUCGCCUUCUUGUGAUUUACAAAGCGACCAAGCAGCACGCCUUCAACCUAGCAAAGUUCGUUUCACUCUACAAGACACUGCUAUUGCUUCAACGAAAGGCCAACGGAGGGAAGCAGCGCAGCGCGGAUACAUUUGUUGCUGGUUUGUUGGGAGGAUACGUGGUCUUCGGCGAUAGAUCAGCCGUAAACGAGCAGAUGGUCCUCUACGUGGUAUCUCGAGUCAUCGCUUCCUUCAUGCCACGCGCUGGUACUCCGUAUUCGAAAGCACCUGCAGGCGCGUCUGGAUCUGUGGUGAGACCUAUCCCGCCAGACCCACGGUAUUUCUCCGUCUUCGCGGCUCUAUCUUGGGGUGCCGUCAUGUGGCUGUUCCAGCACCGUGGAGAGGCUAUUCAACCUGGCAUGUUCAACUCGAUGACAUACCUUUAUCGUGACUCCGAAGUAUGGACAGAUCUCAGGACAUUGUUGUGGCAUAAUACAUAGAGGGGCAACACAUUUUCACGAUAUCUAUUAGAUUGGACAGAGCCAGUAAUCUUGUGGCACGUAAUCUACGGUCCUUGCAACUUUCCGGCAUUUAUACUGCAUUCAUACAAGUUAGAGAUCAGAAUGGUCGCAUGUGAUGAGCUAUUCGUUUCGGUCUUACCUGAAGCAUUUCCACAGCGGCUGU